AUGGCCUCAUUCACGAGUCUCUUCUCUGCAGCCGUCCGAUUCUUACCAUUUACUCCCUGUAAUCACGCGCCAGGAUACGACAAUCUGGCCGGCUGCAGUAAUCCCUCUCUCUCUUGCCCCUCGCCUGUGCCCGCCAAUCCUGACACCUGCUGUCUCAAUCACCCUUCUGGCCACUUUCUCCUGACACAGUUUUGGGAUGCCUCGCCCGCAUUGGGGUCUCCGGAGAACUGGACCAUUCAUGGUCUCUGGCCAGACUAUUGCGCCGGAGGUUUCGACCAGUUCUGCGACUCCGAUCGACAGUAUUCCAAUAUACGAGACAUGCUCUCGUCCUCAGAACAUCUGCUGUCAUUCAUGAGCUCGCAUUGGCUUUCCCUCAACGGAAACAACAAUCACUUGUGGGCACACGAGUGGAACAAGCACGGAACAUGUAUUUCUACUCUCGAGCCCACCUGCUAUCCCUCGUCUGAAGAUGGCCUCGAGGCGGUAACUUCUUACUUCACUCAUGCGGCCAAUUUGUAUUCGACUCUCAAUACUUAUGCAACUCUAGCAGCUGCCGAGAUCGUGCCCUCGCGUCACAAAACAUACACUCUUGAUCAGCUGCAAGGCGCCAUUGCAGCUUCCCAUGGCCAUCCCAUCACGUUUCGCUGUCGAGGCUCGGAACUGCAGGAGGUCUGGUACCAUUACGCUGUCCGUGGCCCGUUGAGGCAUGCACGGCCAUUCAAUGAAUCCCUCGCAGCCCAGUCGUCUACCAACCAGAUAUUUCGGCCCGUGGAGCCGGAUAUAGCCAAGUCCAAUUGUCCAAGACGUGGCAUCAGGUACUUGCCCAAAGACCAGGACAAGCCAGCUCCAACGCAAUCACAUCCUAGCCAUACAUCCACGUCCACUUCUAAACCCACCGCUCCGGCCACACCUUUCUCCGGUCGCGGCCACCUCAUGGUACAUCCGCUAUCCAGUUCAGACUCGAAUACUAGGCACAACUCCGAGCAAAAACCUCUCGCCCCAUCUUCUGACACCAAAGGCUGUCUCAUCCGUGGCGGUCUGUGGUAUGCCAGCGGCGGCUGCGCAACUUACAUUGCCAAAUCCGAUCCACCUCAUUUUCCCCAACUCGAGGAUGAUGAAGAUCAUCACCUCUUCACGCUUUCAUCUCUAUAUGCCCCUUGUGCAGUGAUGCCCGCUACAUCUCCUGCGCAUGGCGGACAAUUCAUGUGCGAAAAGGACCUCGGCAUCCAGACCAUCUUCGAGGCACUGAAUGUUACUCACGGGCAAGGAUCAGCGGAGACAAGAGAGGUUUUGGCAUGGACCGGUAAGACGGUCUUCUAUGCCGACAAAUUCCCAGGACGCUUUGAGAAGGUGGAGCUCUUCGUCGAUGACGAUAGCGGCAAGAGGGAGGUCGAGGUGGAAAUCGAAUGGCAGAGUGCUUGA